AUGGCCAAGAAAAAUAGGUUCAGUGGAGUGAGGAGUGUAGGGCAGUAUCAAGGCUCUAAUCUAGCAGCAGGGAACAAAACUGUGGGAAACUCACAAAAAGAAGGCAGUUCUAAUACAACUUUAUCAGGGACUAAAUUGUUUGAAGCUAGGAAAGCAAGGGGUGAAUGCUACAAAUGUGGAGAAAAGUAUUUCCCAGGCCAUGUGUGCAAGAAUAGGCAGCUGAAUACACUACCUGGAAGUACUAAACAAGAGGAAGAAAUUACAGAGCUAAGUACAGAAGGUGGGACUAUGCCUAAUGGGAUGAUGGAAGAGAUAUUGGAUGAGGCCAUCAGUUUCAAUGCACUUUCAGGCACCAUAACUUCUACUACCAUUAAGCUUAGAGGGCUGUAUGGGAAGAACAUGUUGACUAUAUUAGCAGACAGUGGAAGCACCAACAGUUUCAUAGCUAGUGAGACUGCCAAACACCUAGGGUGUAUAGUUAAAGAUGAUGUACCUAUGAGGGUAGCUGUGGCUAAUUGGGGCUACCUGAUGAGUUACCAAUCUUGUCCUCAAUUUAGCUGGAAGACUCAAGGGAUAGAUUUUGAACACAAGCUAAGGUUACUAGAUAUUGGGGGAUGUAAUGUGGUCUUGGGGGUGGAUUGGAUGAGAAAACAUAAUCCCAUUCUAUUUGAUUUCAUUGAAUACAAGUUACACGUGAGUGUGAAGGGGAAAAGAGUGGACCUUAAGGGAUAUUCUGAAGAAGGGAAACUCCAUAGAAUGACAGCUGGUGGAGUGAAACAACUUCUCAAAAAGGGGAAGGUGCUGUGGGCUCAUUUAUUUACAAUCACUACUAAGAAUGCUGAAAUACAAGGGAACAUACCUCAAAGGAUCAGUGGAGUGCUAGAGGAAUUUCCAGAUGUGUUUGAAGAACCAAAGACUUUGCCAGCACAGAGGAGCCAUGAUCAUUCCAUUCCUCUCAAAUCUGAUGCAACAGCACCUAGUCAUUCUCCUUUUUCCUCACCUGUACUAUUAGUGAAGAAAAAGGAUGGGAGUUGGAGGUUCUGCAUUGAUUAUAGAGAGCUAAACAAGAUGACCAUAAAGGAUAAAUUCCCUAUACCUUUAGUAGAUGAUUUGAUGGAUGAACUUAAGGGAUCUUGUAUAUAUUCCAAGAUUGAUCUAAAGGCUGCGUAUCAUCAAAUUAGGAUGGAGAGGUCUGACAUCUAUAAAACUGCAUUUAGGACACAUCUGAGACACUAUGAGUUUAAAGUCAUGCCUUUUGGCUUGACAAAUGCCCCUGCAACCUUUCAAAGUCUGAUGAACCAUGUUUUCAGACCUUUUCUAAGAAAGUUUGUCCUAGUUUUCUUUGAUGACAUCUUAGUUUACAGUCCAACAGUGGACAUCCAUGUAGAUCAUCUUAGACAAGUCCUACAAGUUUUACAGAAGGAAAAACUCUAUGCUAAACUGUACAAGUGUGCCUUUGGGCAAGAUAAGGUGGAGUAUUUGGGCUAUAUUAUCUCUGGUCAAGGGGUAGCACUGAUCCUNAUUUGUUUUUAA